AUGGACUGCCGUUCCUCCUUGGUUUCGCCGCCCAAUGACUUUGGCUCCUACUCUCUGAAAGGAGAACUCGGGCAUGGCGCAUCGGGCCGCGUGUUUGAAUGCAAGAAGAAAGACUCCAACACUCCUUUGGCGGUGAAGAUUCUGAAUUUGCGCUCCUUGCGCUUGGGGGCCACUGCUCAACGGGACCUCACUCGCUUGGGUCGCGAACUGAAAAUCCUCAAGGAGUUGCCGCCGCAUCCGCGGAUUGUACAACUGGUCGAUGCUUUUGAGGAGGGUGACUGGUUCUUUCUGAUCCUGGAGCUGGUGCGCGGAGGCGACCUCUUCCGGGCCCUGAUGGAGCGACGCCCUGCGCGGCUGCUGGAACGAGAAGUGGCCUUCGUGUUCUGGCAGCUGGUGGAUGGCCUGGGCUUUUUGCAUCGCCAGAACAUCAUUCACCGAGAUUUGAAGUUGGAAAACGUCCUCAUCUCCGACCGACAUCGUGAGGGGAAGCUCACUUUGUUCAAUGUGAAGAUCAGUGACUUUGGCCUGUCCAAGGCGGUGGCCGACUGCGCGGUGGAGACCUUGAACUCGGUGGUGGGGACGCAACGCUACGUGGCACCGGAGGUGCUUCGGAGGCCUGUGAGCUACGACUACCGGGUGGAUUUCUGGAGCUUGGGAAUCCUGACCUAUUUGCUCCUUGCUGGAAGUUAUCCUAAUCCCCAAUCCCAGCAGUCCUUGGAUGAGUCCAUCGCAAAGAUCACCAGUGAGCCCGCGAGGCAGAUGCUGCAGGGCCUGUUGCAGUUGGACCCGGCACGAAGAUCGACCUUUCAAGCCUUGCAGUCUCAGAGCUGGGAGACGGGCGACGAGGACGUCAUCAUGCUGCCUCCGGCUUCAACUGCCUCAAUUCCCAAUGGCACUGGAGCUCCCUCACCGUCGACUCUGUGCAGCAGUGCAUCCGAAUUAUGGGUAGCGCCUCCGGCGCCACUGCAAUCUCUUUGCGAUUCGUCGAUCAUCUCUGACUCCGAAGCACAGGAGCCAGAGCCCGAGCCCAACCAGCUCACACGCCUUCCGAGCUUGAAUCCUACGAUGAGCUUUUUGGCAGGAAUGGAGGAAGAGUUGGCCCUUUUCCGGUCGCCACGUGCGUCGCCGCGGGCCCCCAAACCCACGAGCAGUCCAGUCCAGUCCUUACGGCGCAUGCUGAGCGAGGAGCAGUUGCAAAAUCUGACUGAUUUGUCAGACAUGGAAGAUCCUCAAGUUUCGAAAGCGAACAUUCCUGGUGCAGAUCUAGCAGAUCUAGGCGUUCUAGGCGUAGAACGCCCUGAAAUUCCGUCUGGGCCGUUGGCGUUGUCCCAUGUGAGGGCAGCUGCUGUUGGCCCAUCAGAGCUUCAUUUGCACUUCAUGGUGCCGCGUUCUUGCGCGCAUGUGGUCAGCGAGACCACCUUGAAGGACUUGAGCGCCAAGUCUGGAUGCAACGUCUGGACGACCCCGCCGGACGAUGCCCUCACCGUGGUGAUCGUCGGGACGUGCAGCCAAUGUGCGACAGCUCAGAAGAUGUUGGCGGACUUCCUGCAGAGAGAUGCAAAGGAGCCACCUCUCAACAGUUUCACCGUGGUGCUUUUCCUGUGCACAGAGGUGUUGCCAGCACCACGAAAGCUGCUUGAAUUGCAGGAGCAAUCUCGUGCAACACUUGAGCUCUUGCCCAAUGAGCAGGAAGGAAGACGACCGUGCAUCAUCACUGGAACCUUGGAAGCUGUUCUGGAGGCCCAGCGAUUGAUUGAUGCAGCUGCUUUGGAAGCUCCAGCCAAGCGACGGCGCGUGGAGGGAACUACGCUGCUGUCGUGA